AUUUCGUGGAAUGUUCCAGCGAACGGAAGCGUUGUCACGUCCUUGUGGUAUAUAGUGGAUCCACGCAUCCCGGGCGCAUUUUGGUUCGGCAAGCAAAGCAAGAAGACCUUAGUUAAAGGGGAAAUUUCAAGACUUGGCUUUUCCUCCCCAAAUCGUUCGGUGACUUCAGACAGCUUUAAGGGAACAGAUACAAAGAAACAAACACCGGUAUACAGUAUAACUCUCAUAUGAUAAGGUGGUUGACAUCCGGUAACGUAGGAGUUGACGUGUUCACGUCUGCAUGGAUAAAGUCGUUGUAUAGUUCAUGGAUACCACAUAGCCUAACCAUCAAAGAAAGGAAAGCUAACCACAAAUGGUCAUGCAUAAUCAUUUUCCUUGAUCAUUCAACAAUAGCAUGGGGGCUGUCAAUAUAAACAAGGGCUUGUUCGCGUAUACACGUACAGUGAACACGCUGGCUAAAACCGGCAUCUCACUUGCCAACAAUUUCCACACGAGUAAUUUCUGCAGUCGGUUCUUUGUAAUCAUAAGCUGCUAGUGGCAUCGUGUUUUAUAGCAGUGCUCGGCAGCAUUCCGUCGAACACUCCAAACAGCUGUUACACGCUCUAUACAUCGGUCUACCCACCGCAUUAGCAAUGACAAUUGGAGUGGUGGCCAGAGUUUUUAGCGGCGCCGACUAUGCCGUCUUCGCCACCACCUUGCUGAUCUCGUGCGGCAUCGGCGUCUACCACGCCCUCUCCGGAGGAAGACAGCGUACCAGCGCCGAGUUCUUCCUGGCCGACCGGAGCAUGAAUCCCGUCCCUGUUGCCGUCUCCCUGGUGGCCAGCUUCAUCUCGGCCAUCACAUUUCUCGGCACCCCUGCCGAAAACUACAUCCACGGCUGCAUGUUUUGGUUGUACGGGAUCGCGUACGUGUUGACGGGCCUCAUCACCUGGCGAUGUUUUAUGCCUGUAUUCUUUCAGUUGCACGUCACCAGCGCCUUUGAGUACUUGGAACUACGUUUCAACAAAGUCCUACGCAUAUGCGGCAUGAUGACUUUCUUCCUUCAAAUGAUCAUCUACAUGGGUAUAGUGAUCUACGCACCAGCGCUUGCUCUCAGUGCGGUGACUGGCCUUCACCUCUGGGGCUCUGUCGUUGCCAUCGGCCUCGUGUGCACCUUCUACACGACAAUUGGUGGGAUGAAGGCGGUGCUGUGGACCGAUGUCUUCCAGGUGUGCAUCAUGAUCAGCGGCUUCCUUGCCCUCAUUAUUGCAGGAAGCAUGCGCUUGGGAGGUAUUACAAACGUCUGGAACAUAGCCGAGGAAGGGGGUCGAAUCGACUUCUUCAACUUCGACCCAGACCCCACCGUGCGUCACACCUUCUGGUCGGUGGUGGUCGGCGGCACCUUCACCUGGUCGGCCGUCUACUGCGUCAACCAGGCACAAGUCCAGCGCUACCUCACCUGCGGCAGGGAACCAGUGGCCCAGUUAGCUUUGUUCAUGGCUGUUGUGGGGAUGGUGAUCGUGGUGUCUCUGGCUUGUUUGGCUGGCCUCGUGAUGUACGCCAACUACGCUGGAUGCGAUCCUUACACCCUCAAGUACGUGGACUCCACCGACCAGCUGGUUCCGUAUUUCUUGAUGGACCUCUUCCACGAGAGCCCCGGACUGCCGGGCCUGUUGGUGUCGGCCGUCUUCAGUGCAGCGCUGAGCACUGUGUCGUCUGGACUGAACUCGCUGGCCGCCGUGACUGGCGAGGACAUCGUGAAGACCAUCCGGCCUAACAUUGAGGAAGAGAAGUAUACCAAAAUCACCAAGUGCCUGGCUGCCGGAUAUGGAUUGCUUUGUAUCGGCAUGGCCUUCAUUGCAUCUUUGCUCGGAGAUGUGCUCCAGGCUGCCUUGAGUAUCUUUGGCAUUGUUGGCGGACCUCUUCUCGGGCUCUUCAGCUUGGCGAUAUUUUUCCCCUGGGCUAACUCAAAGGGUGCCCUCACCGGCUUGGUGUGCGGUCUGGUCUUCACUUUCUGGAUCGGGAUCGGCGCGCAGAUCUACCCACCAGCCAACCCGAACAAGCCGCUGCUGUCUGUUGACGAGUGCCCGGUCUUCAACUCGACCGAGGCGACCUGGAAUGCGACCGGGGUCUUGGCCACGGAAAUGCCCACCACCAUGAUGAACUACUCGACCCCACUGCCUGAGCCGACUGAGAGGCCGGCCAUAGCCCAACUCUACGCGGUCUCCUACGCCUGGUACAGUGCCAUAGCCUGGCUGACAGUUAUUGGCACUGGACUGUUAACAAGUUUUUUGACUGGAUAUACUAAGCCCUCGGAGGUUGACCCCCGCUUGCUGUGUCCAGUGGUCGACGCCAUGUAUUGCUGCCUACCGGAGAAAUUGAAGAAACCACUUCGUUGUGGGGCGAGGAAGUAUGAACCUGAGGGAGACGAGGAGAAGGCUAUUUCCACGGAUGAGAAAAAUGAGAAAGAAAAGUACAAGCCCGACGAAACUGAUAAGGCCGGCAACGGGGAAUCCUACCAGGUUGUCACCGAUGAGCUGCCUCCACCUUACCCCAACGGCCAGAUGGAGUUUAACACCAAGUUGUAAGGAAAGUUUCUGUUGGCUGUUGGCCCGAGUGUCCCCAAACAGCAUAUAUAGAGUUGACUUCUUGAAUGCCUUGUUUGGACACUCCGUCGAAACUUGAAAUCCGAUCACGCAUUCUCCAUCUUCAUCCCCUUGAAUACCCACACGGGGUAAUUGUACAUACAUAGUUGGUUUUGGUGUCGGGUCAACGUUGAUUUGAUUAACAUUAUAUAAACCGAUCCUACAAAAUUUUGACCUCACGCGACUCAAUUUUGCGCAGUUUCGGUCUCAAGUCCUGUCAUGAAAUACGUUUUGUACUUUCUGUCCCCAUUUGUCGAGGCUGCUUUUGCACAAUGUAUUAUUUUUAUACUCUAUCUCUGUUGUGCAGUUUCAAUUUUUUUGGAUUAGUGUUUUGAUUUGACGUAGAUUUUUUAUUUAGAUUUAGUUGAAAUACUGCAUAUUCUUAAAGUUUGCGUUAAUUGGUUAGAUUCACAACUGAUUUUUUUUUAUUUCACUGUAAACCGUGUAUUUUAUUAGAUCUUUUAAUCAGAAUCAUGCAUAGCUCUUUUAAAAUGAUGUUUUUGACAUCUAACAUAGGCCCUUUUGGGGGGGGGGUUGCGGAUUGGCUUGUAAUUUGUAAAAUAAUCAGUAUGUUUUCAUUUUGAUUUCAGAAAAUGAACUGAAAAUUGCAACAUCGAACGAAUGAGAAGUUUUUGUAAAUAGAAUUUAUUCAAAUGAAAAUUUUGUUCGAAAACCUGAAAAUGAACGCAUGAUAUUUUCUAUUGCGUGUGAUAGAAGUGUCUAGAUUUUUUAUAUGUGCCACGUCAGACAGCUAUCUCAGGAACAAACUGCUUUCCAUUUUCUGGUUUAUAACCAGGGGUGAGAUUGGUCAGGAUGUUUCCCAAAGUUCAGGAUUUUUCAUUACGAAUUUUUAAACAAUCUCUUUCACAAUCUGAAAAAUCCCGAAUUUACCAUUUAGGUGUUUUGACGCCUUGACGUCGAUAUAGAACAAAAGAAGUGGGUAUUUUAAGGUAUGUCUUUAAAGGGAUACACAAAUGUAUGUCAUAGACCCUACGCUGCUGUAGGGAACUUAAAACCUCUGGUGAUUAUUUCGCGGGAUGUUUUAUAAUCCUCCAAUCUCACAUCUGGUAGUUACAAUAGAUGCUUUAGGUGUGUUGCGUCGUUCCUGUAAGAAUUGUUUAAUGCUCCCAAUUUAUUGGUUAUGGUAGGUUAUAACUCGUGGUUCAGCAUACCUCUUUUGGUGAACUGUUUUCAUUUGGAAUGGGUUUAUAUUAAACGGAAUUAAACACUUUCAACGAAAAAAGA